AUGUACACCAAGGCUCUUACCGCGGCGGUUGCCGUCCUCUCCUUCUCCUCAGUCGAAGCAGCCAUCCUCCCUCGCGCAACUAUUACACCGGGCACCGUCGUUCUUCCCGAAGUCGUCUUCAACCCAGGGGAACUGACGGACCCGCUCUACACCGCGUUGAAGAUCGUUAGCACCGACCUCGGCAAGACGACAACCCUGACCGGCGACCUCACCAGGACUGUCGGAACAACAGUAAAGGAUGUAAGUCCAAUCCCCCCUCAUACUGAACUCCUCCCAGAACUCGAAAGCCAUACUCACCCUUUCCCCUUUCAGAGAACCGACCAGGUCAACGCUGUCAUCCGCCAAAUAACAAGCAACACAAACAGCAUUCGCACCAGAGUCGGCACCGUCGUCGGCAAUCUCCUGGGCGUUGUCCCGUCGGGCAUCCCCGCCCCGUCCGCGACCUCCGCGGCGCCACCCUCCAUUCCCACGGCCGAGGUCGUCCAGAUCGCGCAGGACGUCGUCGUCCAGGCCCAACUGCUCGCUCGCCAGGCUACCACCCAGCUGCAGAACAUCCAGGCCCAGGCCAACGCCGUCGCCGACCCCGCCGCCAAGGCAGCAUACACGCUCGCUUACACCCAGGCCAACCUGGCGCUCCAGAUCGCGCUCAGCACCGUCGGCGCCGCGGCCUCGACUGCGCUCACGGCCGUGGCGAACGCUGCUGGUAGUGCCAACGGCCUUGCUGAUCGUAUCCGCAACAUUCAGGCCAAGCUGAACCCUGUUCUCAUCAUUGGCGCCAGUCCCGAUGUUACCUUUUAA